AUGGCAUGGGCCCACCUCUCGGCUUCUCUGAUUCGUCGGCGCAGCUCGAAUCCGGCGUCGCGUAUGUUCUUCACUUUCUUCCCUGACAGUCUCCAUCCUAAGCGCUUGAGUUGUCCUCGGGCCGCAGGCUGGCAUCUCGUCAGCGCACUUCCUGUAAACUUCCAAAUGGGACAGUCCUGUGGGCUUGGAGUUCGCUCCACCUUCACCAGCCCUGUCUAUUGUGGAGAAGCUCCUCAUCUAUCUGACUCUGGAAUCUCCAUCACAAACUCGAAAAUCGACACUUCUUGCGAGGAUGUCCCAGGCUCUCCUCCCGGGUUCGCUCCGCUUUCCUUCAAGAGUGAUGCUUCCGAUCUAAGAAAACCUCUCAGCUGCCUAAAUGGCAAUGCUCCGCCAUUCACUCCCUAUCUUCAGCAUCAGUUUCAGGAACAGUCUCCGAUGUCCUCAGCCUUGGUAACUCCGUUUUCGAAGCUUCGACUGGAUGAGGGGGUGGAGAUGGACACCUCCUCUUACGUGGACCCUCGUAGUCGUGCGCUUCUACCCAGCUGGGUUUUGGAUGGACAGGGUCGCAUAGUCGCUCCGCUGGCUAGAAUUCUCGAUGAGGAUUUAUUGGCAGUCUUUGCUCGAGACAAGUCUGGUUGCACCUUCCUGCAGGCAAAUUAUCCGCCGGAAGGGACACCGGAAAGAGAGGCCAUUGGAAAGAAGUUGCUGGAGAAUGGAGAAUUAUUUGAGGCACUGUGUGCGGACGUUUUCGGAAAUUUUUUCAUCCAGUGUGCCGUACAGCACUCGAACCAGACGGAACAGAGAUGGAUCAUAAGCCACAUGCUUGGUCGCAAACUUUACCCUAUGUGUCUAAAUCGCUACUCAUGUCGUGUUGUGCAAAAAGUGAUCGAGUGCCUGCCUGAGGAACUGAAAAGCCUUCUUAUGGUGGAACUGCACAGUACCAAUCUUGUCAAUCUGUGCACUGAUCAAAAUGCGAACCACGUCAUCCAAAAAAUAAUGACAACGUUUCCUCUUUCGCAAUGGCAGUUCAUAGUGGAGCACUUCAUCAAGAACCGUGACGAUCUCUUCAGUGUUGCAGAAAAUAAAUAUGGCUGCCGAGUUGUACAGCUCAUUAUUGAAGUUCUUUCCGACAAUAGUAAGAAACCUCUCAAGCAUAGACCAGAAAUGCUUGAAGAAAUAAUGGGCCAUCUCCUCUCAAACUGUGAGCGCUUGGCUUCAAAUGAGUUUGCAAACUAUGUCAUUCAACACAUUAUAAAGGCGGGGCCCUUGUCAGAUUACCGCGAUAGACUCAUCGAACUUUGUCUGCUGAGAAACUUACUGUCACUAUCGCAAGAAAAAUAUGCAUCACACGUCGUUGAAAAAGCCUUAGAAUUUGCUCCUCCGGCGCUGCUGGCAGAAAUGAUGGACGAAAUAUUCGAUGGAUACGUACCUCAUCCGGAAACCAAAAAGGAUGCUCUCGAUAUCAUGUUGUUCCACCAGUUCGGCAAUUACGUUGUCCAGCGUAUGCUCGAUAUCUGUUGCGAAGCAGCCCGCGCAAAAAAAGCUGGAAUCAAUCUACCAGAUAGCGACCAGCGUAUGGAAUGGCUCGAUCGUCUCGAAACCCGCAUCGCCCAAAAUCGCCAUCGUCUUGCAAGGUAUUCGUCUGGAAAGAAAAUUCUGGCGACUUUACAACAGCUAAAUGAUUGCUCAGCUGUGCAGAGCACUCCAGUUCGUGGUCGUAGAGCAUUUCCAAUUGUGCCUCCCAGUUAUCGUUGAAGUGCAGCCUCAUUCUCUGUUUUGUUUUCCACUUUUUCUGUGAAUCGCAUAAUUCUGUGGCCGUAAUUUUCUGCCAUUCCUGAGUUUUUUUUUUUUUGAUAAUUUGAGUUAUUCUGUCACAUUUCCUCUAUUAUUAUUGAAAGCUGCUGUAUAUCUCGUAUUGACCUACUGUGAAUGGUAUUAACAGCUAUUCCUGUCAUCUACAUGUUCAAUACGAAACUUCUAAUGCAUGUAAGUUUUCAUUCGGUUCUGCAGCCUGGAACUUGCCCUGUAUAUUCUCUUUCGGCAGUUCUGUUCAAGGUUUUCUUUUGAUUUCAGAAUGCCAGUUAAGAUUUCUAUUUUUAUAUAAGCUGUAUAUGAGUGAUUCUAAUAAAUGAUUUUGUUCAAGUGUAAGCCCAUGGAAGCAAACGCU